UGAUCAUACAAUCAUAGUAACCAUAAUCUGUCAGGUUAUGUUAAACACAAAAAAUUGAAUUUGUCUUGAUUUAAAAAGUAAUUAAAAAAUGGCAUUGCUUCAAAAUUUUUCAAAAAUGUGCAGGAUUUGCAUGGAGUUCAACAAUUUAGAGCCCAUUGAAAACUCAGAAUUUAAAAUUAUAAAUUUAUUGAGUACUCUUCUAGAAACAGAGUUUACUGGGAAUGACAUACUACCCAAAAAUAUAUGUAGUUCCUGUAAAAUUCAUUUAGAAAACUUGAUGAAAUUUGUUGAAAAAUUGAAGGCAAGUAACACCAGACUGAGGGCAGCUGUUUUGAGUCAAUCAAAUAAGCAUUCUGGAGCCUGUGAUGAAUUAGCCAAUUCUCGGCUUGGCGAAACCUGCAAAUCAGAAACAUUUAAAGUUAGCGAAACUGAUAAAAUGUCUUCCGAGCUCGAAACGGUAAAUUCAAACAAUGAAAAUGAUAAAGCCUCUUCACUUCCUGAAAUUGUACCCUCCGACAAUAAAAACCAAAGUUUGAUGAAAUGUAAAAAAAAUAGAAAAAAAUGGGGAUCUAGCUCAAAUAUUCGUGAAUUCAAGCUCAAAUAUAAACCUGCUUUCAAAUCUAAAAUUUGUAGUGAAUCAGUGAUUCAUCUCAAAUCACAUAAUACAGGUUCGUAUAAUUGCCCUCAAUGCUCAAAAACAUUCAUAUUUGCUGGGAAUUUGAGAAGACAUGCUCUUAUGCAUGAGGAAAUGAAACUGUGUAAUAGAGGAUUUUUAAAAAAAUGUUUGGAUGAACAUGAAAAUUUCCAUAAUGGCAAAACCUCUUACGUAUGUGUACAUUGUGAUCAAAGUUUCAGUAGACUUGCUCAUCAUACAGCACAUAUUCAUCACGUUCAUAAUAUGACUACUACCAAAAAUAUUCCAAAGUUGAAAAGGAAUUACACAGAAAGGCGUGUCCGCCUCAAUAUUUCAUGUGAAACAUGUGGAAAACAUUUCAGAAGUAGAUCAGGAUAUGCUAACCAUCAACUUAUACAUAAAGGAUUAAAAAGAUUUCUCUGUUAUAUGUGUGGAAAGAGAUUCAUCACCAAUGCCACAUUGUCGAUUCACAUGCAAACUCACAGUGAUGAAAAACCAUUUGAAUGUGAACAGUGUGGAAAAUGCUUUAGGCAGAAGUAUUCUUUGCACCGCCAUAUUAAACAUGUCAAACAUGUAAACAAUUUACUCAAGUGUCCUUAUUGUAAGAGUAACUGUGACAAACACUUAUUGCAGGUUAAAACCAAACAGCAUCUUGAAUGUCCCCACUGUAAGAAAAUAAUCCAAGAGCCCAGUUUGCCAAAUACCCAUAAUUCAAGGAAGAAACCGCAAAAAAUUGCAAAAAACCAUAGAUGCAAUAUUUGUUCCAAGUCCUUCACGUCUUUGUCUCAUCUCACUGUUCAUUUACGAACACAUAGUGGUGAAAAACUCUAUGCUUGCCCAGAAUGUGGAAAAUUACUCUCUCAGCCUCAAACUCUGAAAGUGCAUAUGAGGCAACAUUCUGGAGAAGCACCAUUUGUAUGUUCAGUUUGUAAUAAAGGAUAUCGUGACUCCAGCAAUCUGAAAAGACAUUUCAAUAGGCAUCAUAAAGAAAAUGAGAUGAAAAGUAAUGAAGCAGAAAAAAAGAAUGUUUGUAGUUCAUAAAGUAGUAGAAAACUGUUGAAAAGAAACUCCAAAAAUAACUGUGUAUAUGAACUAAA